AUGGACUCUGGACCUAUUCUCGAUGAGAUUGUUAUCGGCCGCGUCAGAGAGUUCACGGAAUUCUUAGAUCCCAACGACAACGAUGCGCGAAGCUACACAGAUGCGGUAAAACUGAUGCUCAACCGAGGGGAGCGACGCCUACCGGUCAACAUAGAUGAGAUUCGCAAUCAUAACAGGGAGCUUGCGGAGGGACUCUUGAACUCCCCGUUUGAGUAUCUUCCAGCCCUGGAUAGAGCAUUGAAAGAGCUUGCUUUAACACAGAGGGACCGCCAACGUCACACUAUCACCGAAGAAACUGUUUUUUAUGCCGCGUUGACGGGAAGCUUCGGAGAAUAUGCGGUUAAUCCGAGAACACUAAGCUCGAAGCAUCUCAACCAUCUUGUUUCCCUUGAGGGAAUUGUUACUCGAUGCUCACUCGUAAGACCUAAAGUAGUCAAAAGUGUUCACUAUAACGAAGCGCAAAAGUUAUUUAUGUGGCGCGAGUAUAAGGACCAGACAAUGUCGGUCAAUGCACCGGCUUCUUCAAGUGUCUACCCUACCGAAGACGAUAAGGGAAAUCCGCUCACCACAGAAUAUGGGUAUUGUACUUAUCGAGACCACCAAACGAUCUCCAUACAGGAAAUGCCAGAACGUGCCCCUGCUGGACAGCUCCCUCGUAGUGUAGAUGUUAUCAUGGAUGAUGAUCUCGUUGAUCGAGUGAAGCCUGGUGAUCGUAUCCAGUUGGUGGGACUUUACCGCUCUCUUGGUAACAGAAAUGCUGGACAGGGUAGUUCGACUUUUCGAACGCUCUUGAUCGCCAAUAAUAUCAUUUUGCUCUCAUCUAAGGCUGGUGGAGGAAUAGCGCAAGCCACAAUUACCGACACCGACAUUCGUAACAUCAACAAAAUCUCAAAAAAGAAGAACAUUUUUAGCUUGCUCUCUCAAUCUUUGGCGCCCAGCAUUUAUGGCCAUGAGCACAUUAAGAAGGCUAUUUUGCUGAUGCUUCUCGGGGGCAUGGAGAAGAAUUUAGACAACGGAACACAUUUGAGGGGUGAUAUCAAUAUUCUCAUGGUCGGUGAUCCAUCAACUGCAAAAUCUCAACUUUUACGAUUCGUUCUCAACACAGCACCUCUCGCGAUUGCGACUACUGGUCGUGGGUCCUCGGGUGUUGGUCUUACAGCCGCAGUGACCUCUGAUAAAGAGACCGGUGAACGAAGGUUAGAAGCUGGUGCAAUGGUACUUGCUGAUCGUGGUGUGGUUUGUAUCGAUGAAUUUGAUAAAAUGAGCGAUAUUGACCGAGUGGCCAUUCACGAAGUCAUGGAACAGCAGACAGUCACAAUUGCCAAGGCCGGUAUUCAUACCUCCCUUAAUGCUCGAUGCAGUGUUAUUGCCGCUGCCAAUCCUAUUUAUGGACAGUAUGAUCCUCAUAAAGACCCCCACAAGAACAUCGCCCUUCCAGACUCUUUACUGUCUCGUUUCGAUCUGUUAUUUGUUGUUACGGAUGACAUUGAUGAUGUUCGAGAUCGCCAGGUAUCAGAGCACGUUUUAAGGAUGCACAGAUACCGCCAACCCGGAACUGAGGAGGGUGCUCCUGUCAGAGAGGGCUCUGGGCAGACACUUGGCGUUGGCCUUGAGGAGGACAAUGCAGAGUCCGGAAGACCCACAGAAGUUUACGAGAAGUACGAUGUUCUACUACACGCUGGAGUCACCAUCACCACUGGCCGAGGAAAUGCUAGGAGGGUGGAGGUAUUGAGCAUGGGCUUCGUCAAAAAGUACAUCCAGUAUGCCAAGACCCGUAUAAAGCCUGUCUUGACCAAAGGUGCAGCGGAUCAUAUCGUAGCUACAUACUCGGCCCUUCGAAAUGAUGAAUUAGAAGGAAGUCAACGAAGGACGUCUCCAAUGACUGCACGUACUUUGGAGACGUUGAUUCGCCUUGCGACGGCUCAUGCCAAAGCCAGACUUUCCAAUCGCGUUGAUGAGCGAGAUGCAAUUGCUGCUGAAGAUAUCCUAAGGUUUGCACUCUUCAAAGAAAUCGUGGAAGACGAGAGACGGAAGAGGCGGAGAGUUGGUACCGAGGCCACUGCAGACUCAAGCGACGAAGAGGAGGAGGAGGAGGAUACCCCCAACCAACAGGCGACUAAUGAUGAUGAAGACGAUGAGAUGGAUGCCGAUGAAGAUCAAGAUCUAUAUACUGCUCCCUCAACCACUUCUCGCACAAAGAAAUCUACACGUGGUGCGACUGCAUCGCAGGUCGAGUCCCAGGACUCAUGGGCGUCUUCCCAUCGCGCUUCGUCAAUGGUCCAGUCACAAGAUGCUGGUGAAGGCUCCUCAAGCGCUGCGGCUGGCGGGGAUACACAAACGGAAGCGGUAUCUCCAGCCCGACUCCAGGUGUUCAGGAAGGCCCUUGGGAGUCUGCUCCAGAACCCUAUAUUUGGGGAAGAGGGUGUAGCUCAGUUAGAUGAGUUGCUGGUGGCCAUUAACUCUAAGAUUGGGCAGCAGGAUAACUUCGAUAAAGUUGAGGCAAAGGCGGCACUGGAAAAGAUGACCGAAACUAACCAGAUUAUGUUUACCGGUGGCAAUCUUGUGUAUAGGUUGUAA